ACGAAACGGCAUGAAACGCACAAGAUCUUAUGUCAUCGCUGUCAAUAUUUUUGUUGUGUAUUUCAAUGGGUUUGUUUAUUUAUCAUGUCUAAUAAAGCAACUGUGUACAUAUCCAAUCUUCCGUUUACAUUAACAAAUAACGACCUGCACAAAAUAUUUGAAGUUCACGGGAAAAUUGUGAGAGUGACGAUCUUAAAGGAUAAAAGCCGACGAAGCCGUGGAGUCGCCUUCAUCCAAUUUCAAAAGCCUGAAGAAGCCGAAACAUGUUCCAAAGCCGUCGACAACACAGAGAUGUUUGGCCGAACGCUGAAAGCGAGCAUUGCCAAUGACAACGGUCGUAGUGCUGAAUUUCAAAUAAAACGAACAUAUACAGAGAAGCGAAUCUGCUUCGAAUGCGGUUCCGAUGGGCACCUGAGUUACAAAUGUCCCGGCAAUGUAUUGGGAAAUCGCGAACCGCCGCCCAAGAAAAUUCGUAAAAAGAAGAAAACGAAUGACGAAGCCGCUUUUGACUAUUGGAAAGAUGACAGUGAUAGUGCCGAAGAUACAAGCAAAGGUCCGGCAAGCGAAUCAGAAGUAGUGAUUAAGAAACCAAAAUAUAAGAAAAGUGCGUACCUGAGCGACGAGGAAGAGUUAAGCGAAUGAAGCGUUAUUGUAGAUUGUGAGGUAUGGUGUAAAUAGCAAUUUUAAUAUUUUAAAAAUUAAUCGAAUAAUAAAGCAAUUUAGUGAACGGCAUUCGUGUUGUCUUCUCGUCGUUCUCAAGCUAUCCGUCAUCCUCUUCUUUGAUCUCUUUGUAGCACUGUUUACAGAACAGAUC